UCCAGAUAAAAUGGAAAAUCGUGCCCAGAAUCGAAUGACACGUGAAGUGUGGGAAUAUUGCACAGUCCCUACAACCGCUUAAACGAUAGUACCGAUGGCAAUUUCAUCAUACGGACAUGGUUCUCUGUCUCCACCUCUGCAAAUGGCAAAGAGGCAGCAAUAAUCGUAAUCGUUUAACGGAAAUGAAAUGGGUUUGAAUUUUACGACCGUUGAGCCGGAAAGGUUUACGUUCCGGCGGGGCGGGGGAGAAAGUCUUUCUGUGCUUUUUGUUCUUGUGUGUCUUGGAGGGCUAAUUUUAUGACCUUUUCCAGCGAAAGCUUCCCAACGGCUGCAACAAUCGACGGAACGAUGAGACCGUGCAGAAAAGCGAUACAGAACGGGAGGGAGGGGAUUUUUUUAUUCACACACAGUUUUUUGGCUACAUUUUAUAUGGGCGUAUCACUGUCGUAAACUUGUUGAUGUAGGUUUUGUUUGUUCCAACUUUUUUUUUCUUUCAUCGUGCCAUAUUCCAACACAAGAUUCGUCAUGUUUGUCAAGCCAUAUAACAGCGCUGCUGCUGCUCGUGUGUCUGUGUGUACGGCGUGCGUAUUUGCUGAAGCAGAAUAAGCCAAUCUGGUUGUCAACUUCUGCGAGCUCAGAACUCGCCCACCCAGAACUCUGGCAUACCGUUUUCCCGGUGCUCGGUGCGCCCAUACUAUCAGGAACUGAGUGUGUGUGUGUGUGGUUUACUUCUCUUGAACGCUUUCUUAAGUACAUCAAUCGAGGAAUUAUGCUGAUCGGGACGUGUGUUGCAAAGGCGUGAUGCCUUCGUCUCAGCUGGAAUAAUGCUGAGCACCGUGUAAGCCAGUAUGUCGCGCGGUUUGACACACAGCCUUGUCAGUCGUUUAGUGGCGUUUGCGAUACAAAAAAACACACUGAAAUCAUCGCUUAGCAUACGCAAUACCAUCGAUCAGCGGAGGUUUCGUGUUCGGUAUGUUUAAGCAGCAGCAGCUGGUGGUGAACUCUGGCGGGUUUUUCACGUUCAUCGAGAAUACCAAAUGGAUAGUCGGUUAUUCAACGUUUAAUAGGAUAAGCGUCAAACGGGGAAUCUACCAGCGUACCGAUGCGCAUCUUCCAGAAAGAGGAAUGCUUCAGCGUCGGAGAUGAGCUGGGACUGGCCGAAUCGCUCGGCAACGUGGAGGCAAACAAACGGCGCGCCCUCAACAUUCGCACCGGUGCCAACAACAUUGGCGUCCUGCCCGCGUCCAAAAUGCCGACCUCCUCCUACCCCUCGCUCCCCGCCCCAAUAGCCCCUUCGCCGGGUGCUCCAAUCCAGCAGAGUCGCCCACAGGCAGUAACCGUUCGGUCGUCCGCGUCCAUGCUGCCCAAGGGACUACCGAAGGUCCCGUCGUCCGCCUCACCCGUUUACGUAUCACCCGCCUCCAGUCUGAUGACGAAAGCCACCUCGCUUCCCCUGGGCGUUCCUCCCUUCCGUCCCAUUCCCAAACCGACCCCGGAGGCGGAACCGGUGAGAUUCGACCCGGCCAUACUCCGCCGCAACUUUGCGCUCAAAUCCUCCCAAACCCCCGAUCCUUCCUUCCAGAGCCAACUGAUGAAUCAGACCUCCUCCUUCCACCGGACCGCUCCGACCCGCACCUCCGUCGUCUCCCCGUUCCCCAGCGCUCCCAAUCAGCAGAUUAUCUACAAGGAGGCACCGAACCUGCAGGUGCAGAAGGUGCCCGCCUUCCAGGCGAUGCCCGAAUCGGUGUCCCGCAUCUCGACCGGACCGGUCGUACAGGUCGAUAAUAAGCUGCAGCCGUCCGUCAUCAAGAAUUCCAUCAUGAGCAUACCACCGCGCCGCCAGAUGACAAAGCCUGGGCCAACGAUUGCCACCGGCACCGCCGACGCGGGCGACGAGAUCGAUCUGAUGGGCCACACGGUCGAGGAGCUGGCGGCGGCGGCCAACGUUAGUGUGGAGGUGAUUAAGGAAGCGAUUCGUGUCCGGCAGCAGGAACUGCGUGCCCAGAAGCAGUACGAAAAGCAGCAGGCCGCUUACGCUCAGGCCCAGUUCCUAGCGCAGCAGACGACACCGACAACGACAACUACCAGCACAACAACACCACGCCCCAGACGGUACCCGACCAACGCAGGCCACAAGGUUAUGAACGCACCGAAAGAGUACUACCCGGUAGGAUACGACAAGAACUUCGACGACAACUUCACCUCCAAGGUGGAUCUGCCCUACACGACGUUCAACUGUGGCGAACAGAAACACUUCCCGGGGCUGUACGGCGACGAGGACCUUGGUUGUAUGGUCUUCCACGUAUGUGCCCUGACGGACGAUGGAUUGAUCAUGAAGUCGUUCCUCUGCCCGGAAAGUACACUCUUCGACCAGACCGUGCUGAAGUGCAACUGGUGGUUCUACGUGGACUGCAAGAGCAGCAAGAACCUGUACGACUCGAACCUGCCCGUGUCCAAGAGCUACCAGCUGAUGAAGGCCCUCUCGUUCUUCUCCUCCAACUACAAAAACCCGGGCGACUCGUCCGAGGGCGUCGACGUGGAAGCACUCAAGAACAGCGUCGCCACAGCUGUUGCCGUCGGUGGGUCGGCCCGCUCGCUCGACAGCCUCAGCAGCAACACGAUUGCCGGUUCGACCGGUGAGCGCUCGCAGGAUUUACCAGCGGUGAGUGCACGAGACAGCAGCGGCAGCAGCAGCACGACGGUCGCCUCAACAUCAAGCAGCAGCAGCAACAGCAGCGACAGUAACAGCAACAAAACAACGGCGUCGACGUAAAUGGAAAUGAUUUGAUUUCACCGAUUUCCUCACCAGCGCUGGAUGGCAGGGGUGUGAGUUUUCUGGUGUGAAACUGAUGUCUGUGUGCUACGGGCUGUACAGCAAAAGGGUUGUGUCACUACCGCGGUACGCGAGGCGGCAGCAGUGUGGUUUUGGUUUGGUUUGUUUUUUUUUAAUGUACAAUUUAACGAAAAAAGAGGAAGAAAAAUAUGGUGCGGAGUGACCUAAGUGGAAAGCUAUCCUUUCCUCUACCGACGGUGCUUGCAGGGCAGGGCUGGCAGGGCUGAUAACACACGCGGGCGUGCAGUUUCACUGGCCAUUACAACAGAAAACAGCAGAAAACAGGCUAGUAGGCUCAGAAUUAUCAUACAACGGAGUAGGCUUAGCCGUGCGGGUUGCAUACUUUUUGGCGGAUUCGAUAUACUUUUCCUCGAAUCGAAAAGACGAAACUCGCCACAAAGUAUGCAAUCCGCCGGGCAUGGUUUUGGUUUUCCAUCGCUUGCUUGUUUCGAUUCAACUUAAAAUUACAAAUCCUUCCACCGUCUGUUGUGUAAAGAAGUUGGAGAGUGUUUCAUAUACAGCAAAAUUUAAUUAUGCGCUUUGAAAAGCGAAUUCACGCAUCAACCAAGCGUCACCAACAAACUACACAUACGACGCUGCUACCAGCCAGUGCAACGCACACAAGCCCAAGGUUUGCGAGGUUUGCCAAGCUUAACCACCGCUCAGGACAAACCACUCCUGUUGUUGCUCCCGUUGCUGCAAACCGGAGUAGCGAAAACAAGCUCCCGCACGCAAUCCGAUUUUCAAGUGCUACUCAUCCAGCGCAGUGCGAGUGCGAGGGAUCCCAACACCGGGUAGGCAUAAGUAUUUAUUAAACAACGAUCCUACGAACUAAACUCUUAAAAAACACACACACACACACACACACAAAACCAUCGCUUCAAAUUGCCAUUGCCCGUCCCGAUGUGUGGUUUUGGACGGUCGGACGGUACGGGGUAUCGGUUGGUUUGGAGUAAUACAAUACAAGACUUUUGUUACGUGUAGUGUAGUAGAAGUACGGAAGAGGGGACGAAUUAAGUAUGCUUUUAACGAUAGGGGGAGAGUACAUUCGUUUUACGUUACUGUUACGGAGCGGGCAAGACUCGCUAGUUAGCUGACCUCUUAGAUUAGUAUCGCCCCUGCAUAGGUAUAUAACGCUAGUGACUGUUUCUCGGGUAUUUUGGCAAACCAGCUUUGCUGCUGCAAGCGGCAAACAUAGUAAGUAGGUAGUAGGAUUUGUUUCUCGUUUUAAAACAAAAUAGGCAACCGCAGCAGUCGUCACGCGUCUCGCGCUUUCCGAGCAUAUUUAUUUAAACUAGCGGCAUAAGGUACCUCGGGUGUAGUAUCUCCCCAUAUCUUACUAGAAUCUGGUAAAUAAACGUAACAACAAUAGUGUGCUUUCGUACAGCUGCGGUUCGUUCGGAGCGACGGUAAAGGGUCAAUAAUUAGGAUGCUACCCGAUCCCGGUCGAACCUGGUUUGCUGCGGCACCCAUUUUCAUAGACACACCUAAAAGUUGCUCACACGUAGAAAACGGCGGUAUGGUAGGCAGUAAGAGUGAAGAAGAAGGGACGAGAUUCUGUCGUGCAGAUUUAUGCAAUUUCGUGUCACCGGUAUCGUCGGUCAAUAUGUUAGUUGUUUUAUCCGUUACUACUAGCACAGCAACACGGGCGUACGGACACAUGGUACGAAACAAUGUACCGUGAGUGCGUGUGCGUGUGUGUGUUUCAAUCCCUCGUUGAAAAUGCGAGACCAAUAUGCCAACAGUUGCCGGAACAGGGCAAAUUCUACUCAUCACAGUUGACUAUUACUGAUAAAGUAAAACACAUUAAUUUCAAACGUCA